GUUGUUUGUCUAGCCACUUUCUGCACGCACGACAUCAUAGUCAGUAGCGCCGAGAACAUAACAACACUCUCUUCCUAGCAAUCCUGAGAGCUUUGUUCCUCCCAGCACGCUGCCUCUGUCAUUUCUUUGUGUGUUGCUUGUUGCUUGUCUACAGCGUCGACUGCCUCUCUAGAUCCCUGGCGACACUGGAGGCGAGACAUACCGAACAAGCGCUCUCCUCUUUCUCCCUCCCCUAAGCCACUAUGCUUCCUUCUUUCCUUUAACCUCAAUUCACAAAGAACUGAAAGAACAAGGUAUGUCGGACUCUGUCUUAUCUUGUUUGAUUCAAUAUCAGCUACCGCUGUUCGCCACUGGAGAAGACCAGCUUCUUUAUCCACAUCCCGCUUCACUCACUCCAGCGUGCAUUGUUGAUACCAGAUAAAGCGAUUUUACUAAGAUUAGCUUGUUCAUCUCUUUGUCAAAACAAACAUAUGCUGAUUGGUACACUCCUCACAGAGAAUAUAGCUAGCCGGGCACCAUGGGCCAAAAGCGCAUAGGUUACGAACCAUCACGUGAGUGUCAGCUAUCAUGCAGUGAAUAUUCACAAUGCAGACCAGAAACACAGGGGAUUCACGAAAAACCACGCUAGUCCAGAAUGCAGACACGUGUGAUGCAUGUUGUGAGGAGAUCCGUCUCUCGGACCUGACACAGCACUUCCACCGCGCGUUUUCGACAGUCACUUCUGCGACACCAUUCAUCUCCAUGGCUGAGGUGGCCGGCGUUUUCAGCUCCAAUAACCCCGAGGCGAAGAAGUACACGUAUGAGGAGUCGCUGGUGCGUCGGUUCAUUAGCCGUGGCGUUGGCAUCGGCCUUGUUACCACUGAAUCUAUCCCUGCUGGUAGUGUGGUCUUCGCGGAAGAUGUGGCUUGGACUACAGAAAAGGAGUCUUUGGGGUGUCAGACACCGAGGGAGGUAAAUGCUAUGCUUGGGGCGAAGGUGAGGGCUAUGGGGGAUGAGUGGCUGAGGAAAUUCCUUGCUCUGCCGAGCUCGCUGAAGCAGGAUUUGGGGGUGUUUGCGGGGAUUUGGGAUUUGUAUCAGUUGCCGAUUGCCAUGAAUGGGGUGAGGGCUGGGAUUGUGGGGUUGAAUCUUGCGUCGGUUAAUCAUGCUUGUGUGCCGAAUUGCGCGUUGACGAUCAUCAAUAAAUAUCCGAAGAAUGAGGAUGGAAAUAUUAAUAUUGGGGAAAGUCCGAUGGUUGGAAGGGCUGUUGUGCGGGUUCUCAAGAAUAUUCCGAAGGAUGAGGAGAUCACUGUCGCGUACUUCUAUGGGAAGGGACAGCAGAAGGCGAGGGAGUUGUUCUCGUGGACUGAGUUCGGCUUCUUCUGCUCGUGCAAAGCGUGUGCGCAGCCCAAGGAUGUGAUCGAGGUUGCCAUGGAUAAGUAUUGGAAAGUUGAGCGCAUCUUGAACCACCCUGACACUGUCGACUUGUAUCCCGCGAUGGCUUUCAAGUCCGCGCAGGAGGUGAUAGGCAGGCUUCUUACGUGCCAGAUCCGCGAUGCUCGCGUUGCCAUGAUUUGGGCCAAGUGUGCCAUGAUCGCUGGUUACCACUCUGAUAUUGCGCGCGCUAUGUGCUUCCUCGCCAAGGCAUACCGAAUGUUGGCUAUCCUCGAGGGGAGUACGGGAAUCUUCUAUCGACAGAUCCUCAUCUGGUACGAAACACCCACGGUGAUGCCGGGGUUUGGAGCUACCACACGAGGGCUUUCCACCGUUACCGAAGGUCGAGACAUGCUUGAUGAACGCGACGUCAAGGAGAAGCUGUUCAUGAUGGCAGCAAAGUCGGACGAGUAUAUUCGCGUACACCGAUACUACCGCUUAUCUGACGCUAUGGCCAAACAGAAAUGCAGUAGGUACCUGCUUUUACCUGAAAAGCCCACCAAGCCAAAAGAGGCAGACAUAUUGCUUGAACCAGGUGCCUCGAAAUUAGAACACUUCCCAGAGCAAAGACAUGGGCCGAUUACGCCGGAGAGGGCUCACCGGAGCGGCAGUGGCACAUCGAAUCUCAGACGGAAUAAGGAUGGACCCAGCGACAAUACUUCAAAGGGGAAGCCUCAAGUGUCCAAGGGCCAUAGCGAAGCAUCUACCCAGGAAUCGUCAUCAGGCGAAGUCUGCACUGAUCCGCACUGGGAUGUGCUGGAUCUUAUCCGAGAGCUCAUGGCUGAUAAUCCAGAUCUAUUCCCAGAAUAUCAUUCCCCUACUAUUCCCGAGGCAGCCAAGAAGAAAAAGAAGAAGAAGAGAAAGAAGGGAAAAGACUCGGUUCAAGCUGGAGAAAAUACUCAGCAAGGACAGAGUACCCCAGUCGUGAAGGAGGUCGAGGCGGAAAAGAAGGUGGUGAUGGUCAAGAAAGCCAGCGUUCGUUGUCCCGAGGAGGUUCCGGGCUCUGAAUAAUUCAUUGGACUUGAGAGCGAAAGAGGAUAGUCAUUCCUCAUCGCCUUUUGUCUCUUGAUAAUUUUCUAUUUCAAUUGGACUUGUAGGUGAGGUUGGAAGGACAGUGAAUGUCUCGAUUGGGGUUUUGGAAUAAAUGCGGAGAGAACGUGAUGAUGAUUAUGUCAUGGCAUGGUUUCUCCAAUUUAUUUCAUUUGCAUGCUUUUGGCCUCAUCUUCCUCACU